AUUUUCUUGAAUAAUUUGUGUUUGUACGUACACCGUACUAAUGGAAAUAUAUUUUUUUUUACCCAGGCAGAAUUUGGUAUAAUUUCCCUCAACUUUAUGAGAUCUUUGCCAUCGCUGUCUACCGGAUAAAGCAGAAUAUCAACUCUUUCACAUCUUCAGAAUCAUUCGAUACUACCUAGUUUUUAUUAAUGAUGACUGCAUCCAUGUAAAUACUGUAUUAACAAUGAUGACUUCCCUCGAAUACACUGGGCUCGACACCCGUAGGGCCCUGGAGAAACUGAAGUCUGACAUCACCAAGGAGCUACAGAUCUACGAGGAAGUAACUUGGAAGAGACAGAGCUGCAUUUCGGCCCUCGGCCACCAGUCGGGAUGGAAGCUAGACCCGAGGGCCGCUUUCCACUGGACCAGUGGGGUGGCCAUCGUGAUAGCCAUUGUCCUGUUGCUACUGUCGAGUGUCUUCCGCUGGGAUCCGAGCCUCCUGGUGGAGAGUGCGGUCCUCUUCAUGUUCCUCUGUUUCAAUGCCUACCUGUCGGGCUGGGACUGCAGGCUUCAACACCGAGAGAUGGUAGACAGGACGAAGGAGUUGAUCAAACAAUUAGAAGGAAUGAUAUCACAAGAGGUAUCAUGGACAUCAGAUGACUACCUGCCUCUCUUCAGUCCACAUACCAACUCUAUCAUGCUACAGUGGACAUUGAGAGAUGGUCAGCUGGUCAACCUUCCCUGGACACUGUUGGUCACCGAUGACAUCAUCCUGAUGAGACCGGGAAAGAUAGCACCAACGAACAUCAGAAUUCUAUCGGAUGAGAGUGAUCUUGAGUUACAAGCGGGAGAGGUAUACCAUCCCAUCAUUCCAGAGCCUCGAUCAGAACCAACGGCGCGCCAUCCGCUGAAACCUGCCAAAUUCCAAGUCAUGGACACUCCAUUCAUUCCACAUCUCAGGACCUGUUUAAAAGGAGCCCAGAAGAAGCCCCUCUCUUCAUUUGAUAACAAAAGAAUCAACUGCACUGCUGCGUUUGAACGAUGGCUUACUCCAGCUGCAUUGAUUAUUUCUUUUGUCAUCAAUAUGAUUCGCUAUCUGAUCUUUGCGCCUGAUAUGGGUCACUGGGCAGAGGUCUUCAUUGCCAUACCAGUUCACACUGUCCUGCCAUUGCUUCCGUUGUGUCUACCAUUAAUUUGGAUCUCGCUCAAUCACUUUGGUUGUGCAAGGAUUGUAACCCUUUUUCACAAGUCAAAACAUCUCAAGGUUCCCGAGUCUGAUCGCGAGUUUCAGGACAGUGAUGAAGACACACCAAUCAUUGAUGAAAAUUUGCCAUGGUUACCAGUAUGGUGGAGUUUCAAAUCCAGUUUUCUGGGUACCUCGGCUCAUCUACCAAGAACGGGCAAUUUGCUUCAGGGAUUAGGAUCUGUUACUUCCCUUUGCUGCGUUGACAAGAGAGGCAUACUCUCGACCCCUGACCCCAACCCCGAGAAGGUGUUCUUCAUGAGCAGUCUAUCCGAUGAUGAUUCAGACAGUGUGUGCAGUGAGGACUCCGUGUUCGGUGCCGAGGAGCACCGAGCAGAGAAAGGGAAGAAAAGAUCAAAAUCUAAGCUGCUGAAUGAAGAUCAUUUUCCUGAACACCACGCUGAAGUGCUUACCCUCUCUCAAGAUCCAUCGGGUGUACAUGGUGUUGAGUUUGAUGAAACGAACUGGGAUAGACACAUCAGCUCAUUAAAACCAAUGGGUCUGACUAUACUGAUGAAUACCUGUAAUUCUAACACGGUGGAGACGUACUGCUCUUUCAUGGAUCAUGUCUCAUCGAGCGUCAACAAUGAAGAGAGCAAACACUAUAUGCAUGUCUCACAAAGAAGGUGUCUCUGUCAAAUAGCUCUAGUGCUGGGUUUCACUGACCAAGCAACCGAAGCCUUUGAACUGAAACAGAAGUUAGCACUUUACAAAUUACCAAGUGAUGGUGAUGAGAAUGAUGUAGGAGGCAGGAGAUUUGCCAGGUCACGAUCUUUCAUCAAGAAGCGCAUCCCAGCUCCACACACAUUGUCUGUCCUUGUUGAACAACCAUCCACAGAUUACCAGCAGCUAUUGACCCAAGGAAGUGCUAGCCUCCUCCUUGACCUGUGCUCGGAAUUCUGGGAUGGCUCUGACCUGUACACCUUAACAGAAAAUGAAAGGAAGAAAAUUCUAGAUUUUUACCAGCGAGCCACCCUAUCGUCCUACUGCACUGCCUUUGCCUAUCAACCCAUGGCAGAGACCAUUGAUAAUCGACUUGGUGAUUAUUAUAUCGAGCUUCCAGCUAAUCAUAAACAUACUGAUGAUCAUUAUAUGAAUGAGAUACCAGGAUUAGCCAGAUCAUCUUGGGAUAUGGAGAGCAGUCGAGACCCUAAUACAGAUAUUCAUCGCACCAGGAAGUACCACAGCCUUGAUUCUACCAUGAACAAACAUGGCAAGAUUACAAAUGCUGAAGAAUGCUACAAAUCUCAGUGUGGUCAGAUCUUCAUUGGCAUGGUAACCAGUAAUUACCAAGCAAAAGCUGACAUUGUGGCCCUCAUCGAGCAGCUGGACAAUGCGUGUAUUCGAUUCGUCCACUUCUCUAGAGACCAAGAACUUCGGAGCAGGGUUUUCUCUGAGAAGCUUGGUCUUGAGGCUGGAUGGAACUGUCACAUCUCACUCCUGGACCAGGACUCCUCGUCCUCCAGCUCCUCUCACCUCCCUCACACCGGGGACGUAUCCCGGCAGUUCUCCAGUCAUAGCAGCAGUGGACAUGAUAACACCAUCACCGAUGGCGAGAUGAGCAAUAGACACAGUGAUACCGGGGAGCCCAAGUCAGACGGGACAGAGACCUCGCCUCACUCAGCUGACGAGGAACAGGUCCAAAUUGAGGUGGAAGCCCAAAGGGUUCGCUUCGAUCCCGUGGAAGCCGUUGUCGUGGUUGACAUGGAGAGCUUGAUAGAGGAUGAGGACAAAGAAAAGGGUGAUGUUGUUGCUAAGCAACAGACAAGUGAUGCAAGCCAACCUUGUGAAAGUGUUGAACUUUCUAUGAGAGGAUCUGAAGUUCCUAACUUAUCAAGACCAUGUAGUAGAGAUGCAGACACAGAGGAUGCGGAUGAUGAUGAUGAAGAAGAGGAGAAAGAUGAAACAGAUGGACUUCAGACGCUUUCAUCAUCAUCGUUGGAAAAAAGUAGGACAACAUCAUAUCCUCCUACCGACACUUCUUGUGUGGUGAAGGCAGAACCAAAGGAGGAGGACGCGUUGCUAGGCGACCAACAUCGAAAUGUGGCAUCAUCAAAUCUAUCAUCUCCAUCAUCAACAAACUCUCAAUCAAUUCCUGCAUCUCCUCCUCCUCAAAUGGAGGCCGCCAACGCCAACAACUCAGAAGAUGCCAAAGAGACGGAUGCCCUCCUGAGUCAGCCGUCGACCAAGCCGUUUGAUCUUUCUAACAGACAGCGUCAGAUCUCAGAGACUCAGACGUUUAAUAGUGAUGUCUCAGCAGCAGAGACAGAUACCCUUAGCCAUCACACAGAGAGUGAAACAGCUGGAGGGUUUGAUAUAUCCAACAGGGCUAAGUUACCUCGAGGUAUAGCAAACAUCAGACCACACAUAGAGAGGAUCGAUAAUGUACCCCUCCUCGUACCCCUCUUUACCGAUGUCACUCCAGAGACAACCCGUGAGAUGGUGGAGAUCAUGCAGGAGUAUGGAGAAGUAGUGUGUUGUCUUGGAAGCAGUCUUAAUAUUUCCAACGCACCAAUAUUUGCUCAAGCAGAUAUCAGCAUCGGCAUGGAGCCCCUCCCGCCACACAUCUGCAUGAGCAAGAAACACGCCCACCCCAAGGCUCCGCCCAAUUGGACGUCGUCACACCCUCCCAGGACGCCGUUGGAGAUCACCAGUCUCCUCACCAGUCUACCAUGCUCGCUCUCUUUCCAUCGCUUGAAUAAUAUCAGUCUCAUCUCACUCAUCAGAGAGGCCGGGGGAGUAUGCAAUGGCAUGGUCAAUUGCUUCACGUUCUUCAUGUUCGGUCUCCUGACUCUAAGUGCAAUUCAACUCCUGUGUACGCUGCUCUUCUUGCCACCCCCGCUCAGCGGCCGCCACGUUCUCUGGUUGGCAGCAGUCAUCAUCCCACUCCUGGCCGUGGCCUUGAUGGGGUCGAACUCCCAGUCAAAGGUCAUGACCCAGGCCACGGGCAAGAAUGUGAGGGAGCAGAAUUCUGAUCAUGUGAUGUUAUUCUGCUUCUUCUUCAUCACCAAGUUCAUGGGUUCCGUGAUCAUCUGUACUGUUUGCCAUUUCCUCACUCUCAUUGCUUUCUGUAAGAAGACGGCAGAGAAUCCCACAGAUUGCCAUUUCAUACUCCAUAACAGAAACAUGACCUCAUCAUGGAAUGGAUGGAGAGAUGAGCUCUCAUCACAUCAUGUGCUGGCACAAAAUAUUCAAGCAUUCCUUCUUACAUUGUAUUUCAUUACAUCAUCAGCUAGUUUUGUUCAUUCUUUGCAACCGUUGUGGAGGAAACCACCGUUCAGGAACCACUUAUGGUGUGGAGUAGUCUGUGCUUUGUUUAUACUGGAGAUAGUGUUCUUUGCAAUAGAUAUGAAAAUAUGGGGUAGAGCGGAUGCUGCAACCAGGAUGCCUUCCCGCCUUGAGGAUAUCCCUCUUGAGGUCUGGCUGAUCGGUUUCCUGUGGCCUUUGGUCGAACUGUUUAUCUGUGAAGCUGUCAAACAGUAUGAGAUACAAGUUUUUGUGAGAUGGCAGAAGAGGACCAAACUUCAGUUCGGAACCAAACUCGGGAUGAACUCCCCAUUCUGAAUGAGUUCAGCUAUGCAGGGUUUCUACAAAGAUUACAUAUAUACUGGGGAUGUUUCACAAAGUGUUGAGUGUGACUUAUGGGGCGUUUCAAGAAAUUUGCAAUCAAUUGCAAAUCAAUUUAUAAAUCAAUCUUAAGUGUGUUAAUCGAUUGCAAACUCAUACUUGAUUGCUGGGCCCUGUCUUGCAAAGAAAUGCGAUUGAUCCGAUCGAUCGCAACUCUGGACGGCCAGCAAUGUCAACAUCUAAUAUACAGG